UAAAGUGGAGUGUUUGUCUCUUCCAACUCAUUCUAUUUGUCAAGAGAAGCCAGAAGAAGAACCAGUCUGUCUGAAAAAGCAAGAUCUCAUAAGGCAGUAUAUUGGUUGAGGCAUUUGUGGUGGUUCUCUAAUAUAAAAAAUAGCUCAAUAUCUUUUGUUCUUUAGUUAUUUUUGUCUCAUUUCUCUCUCUCUCUAGGUUGAUCACCAUAACCAUCUUUAUCCUGGUACUGAUAAAACAAAAUGAAGAGAAAGAUGUUAUGCUACUUUCUAAUGGCUUUUCUCAGUUGGGCAUCUGUUACAAAAAGCAGGCCUUUUGAAUUUAGUGACUUUGAGCAGCACAAGGAACAAGAUCGAAUGCCACCCCCUCCAUUAUCUGGCUUUGAUUUCUCAGAGGGAAAUGGGAAUGAAGAAGAGUACAGAUCACUUAGCAGGCUGGGGUCAAGACCCCCAAACUGUGCACACAAAUGUGAAGGCUGCUUCCCUUGUGACCCUGUUCAGAUUCCGGCCACCGCUGACCGAGUCGGGAUCCAGAUUGCCAAUUACGAGCCAGAAGGUUGGAAAUGCAAGUGUGGUGCUUCCCUCUUCAACCCAUGAAAAUGGUUGUCGUUUGACACGUACGUAACAUUGUCGUGGUUCGUAUUAAAGGGUUGGGAUAGGAUAGGAUAGGAUAUAUUUAUAUACAAGAGCAAUGCUACGAAUAUUUUUAGUUUGAACACUUUUUAUUCAACUAUAUAAUUAAAAAUAUUUAUGGAUGAGAUUGAAUACACAUUAUAGUGUGUGAUUAGAUCAUUGCUACAUAUAUAUAUAUAUAUAUAUAUAUGAUAGUUUCCAUUAUUUUUCUGUAUAAUCUGUAAUCUCAAUUAAUAUUUUGAUUUGGUGACCCUUUCCUGUAAGAGCCUUUACUUAUUGUUGUUUC